CCCAGUGACCAAAGAUCUGACCACUGACAAAGCCUGACUCAACCCGACGCAGCUCAAGAUGGACACCGGUGUCAUUGAAGGUGGUUUAAAUGUCACGCUCACCAUCCGACUACUCAUGCACGGAAAGGAGGUGGGAAGCAUCAUUGGGAAGAAAGGGGAAUCCGUGAAGAAGAUGCGCGAGGAGAGCGGUGCUCGCAUUAACAUCUCAGAAGGGAACUGCCCUGAGCGGAUCAUCACCCUUGCUGGACCCACCAAUGCCAUCUUCAAAGCUUUUGCGAUGAUCAUUGACAAACUGGAAGAGGACAUCAGCAGCUCCAUGACCAACAGUACAGCUGCCAGCCGGCCCCCUGUCACCCUCCGGCUCGUGGUACCCGCCAGCCAGUGCGGUUCCCUCAUUGGGAAGGGAGGCUGCAAGAUCAAAGAGAUCCGAGAGAGCACGGGGGCACAGGUCCAGGUGGCAGGAGAUAUGCUGCCCAACUCGACCGAGCGAGCCAUCACCAUCGCUGGGAUCCCACAGUCCAUCAUCGAGUGCGUCAAACAGAUCUGCGUCGUCAUGCUUGAGUCUCCCCCAAAGGGCGUCACCAUCCCGUACCGACCCAAGCCAUCCAGCUCUCCCGUCAUCUUUGCAGGCGGUCAG